AUGGUCGGUGGAGCCCGCCCGCGAGUAGUCGAACGUCAUAGGAACACAUAUGAUUGGGACCCCUAUAUUGAUGAGUCCGAGAUCAGUCAAUGCGGAUUCCGAAGGACGGCAUCGCCGUACUCCUACAAGUCAUCGCUCUCUGCUCGCCCGAGUCUACCACUGCCAGCGUUCUCCGUCGUCGACUUCAACCCCAUCAAGGAACGCUGCGUUUACGUGCAGAAUUCGUGGACUUUUAUUCGCUCUUUUCAUCCAUCCCAGCUCGAGCAGCACACAAAGCCCGGAUUGGAUCCUGAGACCAAGAUCAGAAGUGGAACAAAGGAAGAUGAGGGAAGUCUAUUGAGCCGGGCAGCAAGACUGCGAGAGAUUAUGAUACGCCGUUUUGAGGAGGACUUGGCAGCAUUCACCACAGAAAUUCGACAGAGCAACGCCGAGCUUUACGCGGAAUUGCACCAGAUCACUGCAAGGGCCGACAAACUCUACGCAGAAUUUGUAGGACCAGUUCAGCGCCAGCUUUCUCGUGACGCUUUCCGACAAUACCUCCUUACGGUACUCGGCAUUUCGGAUCCAUACUGCUCUCAGCAGUGGACUUUGCUACAAGCUGAAAUGGAUCACGCACAAUUCAAAACGCACUUAAAGAAUGAGCUGCCAAAAAUUCCGCUCGAAAAUCCGAUUACAGAUAAAGAUCUUGACUAUACAUGUUCAGAGGACUACUUUGCUAGCAGCUUCACACAUCAUGCCUCUUUGGAAGAGAAGUUGAAGGAGGCUAUUGACCUUACUCCCUCUGGAGAGGAACAGCAGCAAAUGGAGCAGUUGUAUUAUAAAUUCUUGCAUAAGCAUGAAUGGCCCUAG